AUGACGCCCAAUCUUAAGAUACUUCAAGCUGCCUACAUAUUCGUCGUUAAUGGCAGCGAUGUCUCUCCGCUGGCUCGACGAAGCGUCUCCUCCCUGCUUUCCAGAGCCCUAAACACAUCCUCUUCUGCCAUUCUGCGAUCUCGCCUCACGCCUGCAGCCUCCGCCGUCGAGAGGCUUCGAGGUGUGGCUUCCCCGCUUGCUACCGCCUCUAUCCGCUGGGAGACGAGAUCGACAUCAGGCUCUGGCUACUCUCCAAUCAAAGACUCCUCGCCUAACUGGAGUAAUCGCCCACCUAAGGAGACGAUUCUUCUAGACGGCUGCGAUUACGAGCACUGGCUUAUCGUAAUGGAAUUCCCGGAAAACCCUAAACCCUCGGAGGAGGAGAUGGUUGCUGCUUAUGUUAAGACACUAAGUGCGGUGGUUGGAAGCGAGGAGGAGGCAAAGAAGAAGAUUUAUUCGGUUUGUACUACUACUUAUACUGGUUUUGGCGCGUUGAUCUCGGAAGAACUCUCGUAUAAAGUUAAAGGACUUCCGGGCGUUUUGUGGGUACUGCCUGAUUCUUAUCUUGAUGUUCCAAACAAGGAUUAUGGAGGAGAUCUUUUCGUUGAUGGUAAAGUCAUUCAUAGGCCACAAUUUCGAUUUACAGAGAGACAACAAUCUUCCAGGAAUAGGCCACGACCUCGAUAUGAUCGGCGCCGUGAAACAAUGCAGGUGGAAAGAAGGGAACCAAUGCAGAGGGACAUCCCUCCACCAAUGGGUCAGGCUAGUUCACAGCAAGUUUUAAGUAACACACAACAGAAUUUUCAGAGUUCGCAAGAAACUGUUUCAUGGCCUAAAAAUUCCCAAUAAGAAUUUUAUUUAGGGUUUAUUUGAAAAGUAUGCGGUUAGUACUUCUAUUUCUUAAUUUAGUAUUUUGAUGGUUGCUGAUAAUCCAAGUCUAUGUGGUUAUGUAAGUAAUUGAUAGAUUAAAUCUAUUUCCAGGGAAGAUAAGGGAGAUGGCUGUUUAUAACUUCAAGUUUUAUUUUUUCCUUGGCAUCACUUUUGCUAGAACUUUCUAAAUUUGUGUAAAAAAGGAAGCAAGGUGCAUUGUAAACCUUUUCUGGUGUUACGUGAGUGCCAAUGAACACUCU